UCUCUUUUUGUUCUUGAGUAGUACCUGAAAUCAUGAACCAAAAGCCAUGGCUUUGGAGGAAAAAAUCUAUGGAGAAGACAAUAUUUGCAAUGGACAAAGCUGUCAGCCCUUCUAGAAUCAUUGAAGAAGAGGUACACAAACUUCCAAAAGAUAAGGAAACUGGAUCAGAAAGAUCAUCAAAAAGUCUAAAUGAGAAGUUGGCAACAGUCCUCCUUGAUUCUCAUGCUGAACACGACCCUUUAGCAAAACAUGCCCAAAUGUCCCAACAGGAAAUUAGAGAAGUAGAAUCUGCUGAAACUGUUACUCCUACAUAUGCAACAUUGCAGGAACCUUUGCAGCCGCCACCAAGCUGUGCUCAAGAAGAACAAGAACAAAGGUUGUGUGGUACCAUUCCAAAGAUAUCAAAAGAGCAUGAGAAGAUUCAGAAAGAAUUGGAAGAGAAGUUGAGGGAAACAAGCAAAAGGAUAGAGUACUUAACUGCUGAGAAUACUCAUCUGACUAAUGCCUUACUAGCCAAAGAGAAAUCUAUUGGGGACCUUUUUAGAUGUAAACAAGAAGCAGAUGCAGAGUUUAGUACACUGAUGGCUAGGUUAGAUUCCACAGAAAAGGAAAAUGCUUUCCUAAGAUAUGAGUUUCACAUGCUUGAGAAGGAACUCGAGAUCCGGAAGGAGGAGAUGGAGUAUAGCCGUCAGUAUGCAGAUGUAUCACAUAAACAGUAUCUUGAGAGUUCUCAGAAAGCCUCAAAGUUAGAAGCUGAGUGUCAGAAACUUCGUCUCCUGCUGCAAAAAAAAUCACCUGGUCCUGCGGGUUUGGGGAAUAUGAAGAAUGAAGUUGGAAUGAUGAGAAGAGAGACAGAUAUGAGGAGAAGGAAGUCAAAUCCUGCCAGAGAUUUGAUUUGCAAAACCAAUGAUAUUGGAAACUCUACUGAAGUAUCCCAAAAGAGUAUCAGCUUGAUGAUCAAACGUUUACAAGAUCUGGAUGAAGAGAACAAGGCUCUCAAAAGAAUUUUAACAAAGAAAAACUCUGAACUUGAUUCUUCAAGAUUUAUGUAUGCUGAAACAGUUUCCAGAUUAUCACAGGCUGAGAUUCUUCUUAGAAAGUUAUCUGAAAAUCAGAAGUCCAUGGAGCUAGCAAGGUGUUGUCCUACAUCAAACGAUCUUCCUUUAAUACCAAAUUUUGACAUUUCUAGUGAUGAUGAGGCUAUCUCUUCUGGAUCCUGGGCAAAUGCUCUUAUUUCAGAACUUGAACAUUUAAGAACUGCGGAGGCUAAAAAUCACAGGAACAGUAAAGCCAUUGAAGUUCCUGACAUGAGUUUCAUGGAUGAUUUUGUUGAGAUGGAGAAACGAGCAAUAGUUUCUGUAGAUAAACCUAAAAGAGGAUAUGGCUCUGAUAUAAGUGGGAGGGAGCUAGUGCCAGUUGAACAAGAUCUUGGCCUCAGUGAGAGGAAACAGGAGAUCCAAUUCAAACAUACAACAACUGAAAAAUCAUUUGACUGGCUUCAGAUUGUUUUGAAUGCAAUCUUGGAGGAGAAAUGCAUAUCAAAACGAAGCCUUGAUGAACUGUUUGACGACAUAAAAAUUGCUUUGGGUUGCAUAAAUCACCCAACUGCUUGUAAAUCUGAUACAAUUCAAAAGUCAAGGCAUCUUGGAGAAUCUGAUUCUUUUUAUGUUAAUAGUUUCAGUGGUUUUGCAGAAGCAAAAAGCAACCAACCUAGUUUGAGAAAGUCAGUCCACAGAAUUGUCAAGCUCAUUGAAGGAAUUGCUCCCAAGUCAUUUAUCUGCAACAAUUGUCCAGAUUGCUUGGAGGAGAACCAACAUUCGGAUGUAUCUCAAUCACCAGUAUCCAAAGAAUACUUUGUUCAUGUUUUCCAAUGGAAGGUUUCGGACUUGAAUCCUCUUCUCCAUCAACUUGUUCACACCUGCAAAGAUUUAUUAACAGGGAGAGCUGAUUUUGAAAAUUUUAUUGAGGAGGUGGCAUUUGCUUUAGAUUGGAGCAUUAAUAACUGUGCCACCUCCACAAAUGCUUCAAUUGCAAGGGAUAAGAUCAAGAAGCAUUUUAGCUGUCAUCUCUCACAAAAUGGAAAUGAAAACCAAAUAGAUAUUGAUGAUAAGCAGUCUUUUCACACACCCUCAGUUGCUGAUCCAGAUGAUCAGGGUGUGUUCUUCGACACAAAAAAUAAUCAGUAUGAUCUCCUUGAAGAAAAUAGAAAAUUAAAAGAUGAUCUGAAGAACACAGAAUCUGCGAAGAAAGACUUGGAAGCAAAGCUGCUAUCAGUAACUGACGAGAGUCAGAAUUUGACAAAACAAUGUCAAGAAGCACAAAAUAGCAUCAAAGGUUUAGAAUCAGAAGUAGAGACACUGAAAGAAUCCAAAGAAAUAAUUGAAGAUCAGAUUGAAAAACAAAAGCUGAUAAGUGAAGAUCUUGAUACACAGCUUACAAUAGCUCAGGCCAAGUUAAAUAACAUCUUUCAAAAGUUUUCGUCCUUAGAAGUUGAAUUGGAGGAUAAAAAGAACUCCUGCGAGGAAUUAGAAGCAACAUGUCUUGAACUUCAACUCCAGCUGGAAAGCAUUGCAAAGAAGGAAUCCCCAACAUAUGGCAGAUACGAAGUGGAAAAGAUAUAUCAAACUGGCUGGGAGAUCACAACAGCUUCAUCAAAACUGGCGGAGUGCCAAGAAACCAUCCUAAACCUUGGGAAACAACUCAAGGCACUUGCUUCAUCUAGUGAAGCAGCAAUUUUUGACAAUGUUGUCUCUAUAACUGGUACUAUGGCCAAUCCAAACCAGAAGAAGAACUUGAUCAAACGAUCCUCUCUACGCAAUCAAAUGCAAGCCGAGGAUGGUUCUAAAAUAGGGGUUCAUAAGUCUAUCCAAAUUGAAGAAAGUGAGAGUUCUUUGCAAACUCCUAAGAUCAUGGUUAAUGAUGCUCCAGAAACUAGUCUCCCUUCGGAGCAAAAUGAUAAAAGCAAUGCUACAGGAUCUCUGGCAAUUGUACCAAGUAAAAAACAAGGAGGCUUUAGUUUCCUGAGGAAGCUGCUUUUUAGACGAAAGAAAGGGAAGAAUAAGGGAACCCAGUUAUUAGCCAAAGCAUGACUAAGGAAUGGCCUUGCAGAGAAAGUCAAACUCAGCUGCUUCUGCUAUGGAUCUUAUUAUGUUUGAAUUUAUUUAGUGCCUGAUAGAUUUGGUGUAACAUGCUUUUAUCUUUUAUUGCUUGGCAAGGCUUCUUUGAUUGGAGAUGGUUGAUGUUCAGAAUUGAGACUCCAAGAUUGAGAGGUUUUCUGUUGUAAAUAUUGCUGGUGUACAUAUGUACGUUGCUUUAUUGGUAUUUGAGAUUAA